GUAGUGGGGAAGGUAACGUAUAAAGUCAUAGUCUUGGACAGCUGCUAGCGCGCUGAGCUUUAUUAUUUACUGGAUUAAUUUAAGCGUGAUGGCUCAGCAAGAACAGUAGUGGCGACUGGGACGCUCGGUAGUAGUUUGUAAUUUUUAUGUCGACAAAUCCGCGCCAUUCUUCGUCUUCGAAUUCCGCUCGCCGUUAUCGGAUAUUCCGCAUCGACGUCUACAGUGGCUGUGAUAAAUAAGAGAUACUGUUCACAUAGAAAUAAGAAAAGAUGGCAGCAUUACUACGUUUUGUAUAUAAUGGAUAUAGGGAUGUAAUGGACAAUUAUAGUGAUCCUAGAGUAAAAGACUGGUUUUUGAUGAGUUCACCAUUCCCUACAUUAUUCAUUUGCCUCACCUAUGUAUAUAUUGUAAAAAGACUAGGUCCAAAACUGAUGGAAGACAGAAAACCAUAUCAGUUGAAGAAGAUAUUAAUUUACUAUAAUUUGUUUCAAGUAAUUUUUAGUUGCUGGAUAUUUUAUGAGGCAGCAGCUAAUGCUUGGCUUAAUGAUUACAGUUACCGAUGCGAACCUGUAGAUUAUUCAAAUUCGCCGCGAGCCUUAAGGAUAGCCCGAGCAUGCUGGUGGUACUAUUUUUCCAAAUUUACGGAAUUUUUUGAUACGUUUUUCUUUGUCUUGAGGAAAAAGUAUGACCACGUUUCAACGCUCCACGUCAUCCAUCAUGGAAUUAUGCCAAUGUCCGUAUGGUUUGGAGUGAAAUUCACACCAGGCGGCCACUCUACCUUCUUCGGCUUCAUAAACACCUUUGUCCACAUUGUGAUGUACUUUUAUUAUUUCGUCGCAGCUCUCGGACCUCAGUACCAAAAGUACUUAUGGUGGAAGAAAUACCUGACAGCAUUCCAAAUGGUACAGUUUGUUCUCGUUAUGCUCCAUGCUUUCCAACUGCUCUUUAUUGAAUGCGACUAUCCCAAAGCAUUUGUUUGGUGGAUCGGUAUGCACGCGGUUAUGUUCUAUUUCCUUUUCUCCAACUUCUACAAAGAAAGCUACAUCAAAGGCAAGAACAAGAAAGCUAAAAUACAGGCAAAUGGAACAUCCAAUGGUACCUCACCCAAUCAGACAACGAAAAAUGGAAAAUCCCAAAUUGGCAUAUGCUUCACAUCACAAACGGCCCUGUACGAAGAUGUAGAUUCUAAGAAAAUGUCUAACAGCUACACGACAACAUCGGACUCUCAACUGAGAAACAGAGCAUUUUUAGAUAGUGCAAAAGCAGAUAGAAAAUCGUAGUAAAAAUCUCAAAAAUGUAGCUAUUUCCAAAGACUUUUUUUGGUACGCUACAGCCUUAGUAAGAGUUCAGGAAAAUGUGAUUUGUCCAGAGAUAGAGAUGGGGUAGUUCCAAGUCUCCUUCACAUCUCUGGCUUUGCCUUUAUAAAGUACAUUAGGUUUAGGAGUUUAGAAUAGAGUAUUUUUUCUUGUAAUGUUAAAUUAUAUGAAAAGUGUAUCUUUUAUAUUGUAUUAGUUUGAGAAAAAACGAUGGUAUGUAAUAUUUUUAUAUAUGUAAAUUAGUGGUUGUGACAUUAUUUCCCAACAGACUGGGUUAUAACAUUAUGACGUCAUUUUGACAUAAUCUAAAUUAUGAAAUGCGUUAUUUUAAUUUAGUGUAAAAGUACCUAGUAGUCAGGUACAUAUUAUAGUCCGAUCGAGAUCUUUAAGCCUGUAGAGAGAUUUCUGAGACCUGCAGAAUGGUACUGAACAUUUCGCAGCACUUGAGAAAUGUAUUUAUUAUUGGGUUAUCCAAAAAAAUCAUCUAGACAACAAAAGUAGCCAAGUCAAUCAAUAAAAACUCUUUAUGUUUGCAAUUUCUCUCAUUAGCUAUAUUUAAAAUUUGCUAUAAACAGUUUAAAUGUCAAUAUUAAAUAUAAUUCUCUAAGCAGUGUCAGUCAAACUCAAAAACUAGCAAAGAUGACCAGCUGGUAGUGAAUAGCUGUAGUAAAAUAGGCCGCGUAAAGUUGAAAAUUUAAGAUAGGUCUAAUAAACAAUCUAAAAAUAGAAACAAAGAAGAAGUAAAUCUGAAAAUAAAUAAUGUAUAGAACAUAAAAACAAAACUGAUUUUUAUUUUACUCAUUAAGCCUUCCUAAGAGGUAAAGGGGCAGUCUAAGUUAGUUUCCCUCUAUAACCGUCAAAAAGUAUAAUUGAAACCAAUAAUUUAUUCUACUACUAUAUGGGGCCACGUUUUGUGUUUAAAACACGAUCAAUAAAAUAGUUCAUUAUAAAUCAGUAAUCAUACUUAGGGUAACCGAAAUUAACAAACUGUCUAUAUUUAAGUAUGAUGUCUUGUAUAUAUUAUAUUAGAAACAAUUAUCCUGUAGAUUAAUGAUAUUUUUUAUAAUUAUUUAAACAUGGAAAAUAAAUAAGUUGAUUUGGUGGUUUAUUAA